GGUAGCUGUAUUUGGGCCGGCGAAAAAAUAGUUGAUGUCUAUUUUGGAUUUUACGUGGAUUACAUGGGCACAUACUGAAUUUAAGGUUUAAUCAAGUACAUUUCAGAGUAGGUGUGAAAAGAAUUCAACCGUCAUGCCAAACCGCCACUGAACCAGUGCAGUUUACAGGGGUGUCUGGAAUUUCAUCCUCCACGAGCCUGCCAACCAACCAAGCCAGCCAGCCAGUAUAAAAGCUUUCCAGUACUAGAGCACCAAGCAUAUGCAGUAAACCAUGAUGGCCUCCAGCUGUAUCAAAUUAGUGGUGGCGUCGUCGCUGGUGCUGUUUGCACGGCCAAGUGAUGGAGAGAUGACGUACGGGGAAUCUCAGAUGUACAGCUAUAGUAAAGAUGCGGAGGAUGGGACUUUGGAUGCGCAUGUGCAGAACUGGGCAACACUUGUACAGAAUUAUAUUCUCCAUCUUACAAGUGAAGGUUUACAGUCUCACCACACCCAGCAUUUCUUUGACACAGCAAACUACACCUUACAAGAGAAAAAUGGCAAUGAGACCGUCAAAAGGGUCAAAGACCUUUUAGGGGAGUACUUCGUGAGGAAGGAGAGGGCAGCUAGAAAAAUCGUUCAGAAAGUUGUUGACCUGUAUGACAGCUUCAUGAAUUCAACCAAUGAUCAUUUUAAUUUCACAAAGCUCUCUCAACUCAACGACAGUAUGUAUAGAGAUGCUGAUAUCUCAGACUCGCUUCCAGAGGACAUUGCCUUUAACUCGUAUUUCAAACAGCCAGUAAGUUAUUCUUCUAGCAUCGUAAAGAUAUCUGACAGUGUGAACAGAGCUGAUAAGGGCGUAAUUAAGAGCACGUACUUCACAAGUGGGUUAGAAGAAAUCUUCAAAGAGAACCAUGAAGAAGACAACUUACUGAGGUGGCAAUAUUUUGGUUCAGUAGAGGGCCUUGUGAGGCUGUACCCAGGCCGAGAGUGGGACACCAACUUUGUAGGGUUCUACAACGACUACGACCCUAGAGUCAGGCCAUGGUACAUAGCAGCCACCAGCGGACCGAAAGAUGUUGUCAUUGUACUAGACUGCAGCUACUCUAUGAAAGGAGAAAAGUUCAAGAUUGCCACCGAAGUAGUUAAGACUGUUCUUGAUACGCUGACCAAACAGGAUUAUGUCAACAUCAUCUGUGCUCGGGCUAGCCACUGGGAUGGAGAGGGAAAGUGGUAUUAUUACAGAACCGAAGUCCAGAGCUGUAAGAAUGAUACGCUGGUCCCUGCCACCACAGCUCAUCGUAAAGACCUGUAUUCAAAGACUAUUAAUCUUGUCCCUGGUGGGACCAGCGAACUCAAACAUGGCUUUCAGAAAGCAUUCCAGCUGCUUGGUAGUAGAUCGCGAACAGGAUGUCAAGCUCUCAUUAUCCUGGUGACUGAUGGGAAGGAUACGGACGGAGAACACGUCAGAUGUGGGCCAGGUUACUACACCCGAAGUGGUUUUGUACCAGGACCUAUCUGCAAGUACCAAUGGGAGAAAGUCUGGGAUGAGGUUGCUAUGGACAACAAUAAAGCUAACCCUAGAGCAAGAAUUUUCAGCUACCUUACCAAAGACGAUGGGGAGGAGUUUCCAGGGAAGCUGGCCUGCGAUCACCGUGGCAACAUGAGGAAGCUGGAGAACGGGGAGGACCUCAUCUCUCAGAUGGAAGACUAUUUCAAGUUCCUGUCCAACAAUUCUCUGAAUACAGAUGGCCUCUGGACAGCACCUUACCUAGACUCCUGGGGGCUGGGCUUAAUGGUGACCAUUGCCAUUCCUGCAAUUAGUCAAGUUACUGGAAGCGUCAUUGGGGUCGUUGGUAUCGAUGCUACACUAGAUGAGAUUGAAAACUUGAUCGUCAACGAGCAAUGGGGAUCCGUUUAUGCUUUCUUGAUCGACAACGAAGGUCAGACCAUCUUCCAUCCAUUGCUCAAACCAAGCAAAGCGCUAGUGGACGACCCUAUCUUCAUUAACAUUGCCAAGCUGGAACAACCUGAGGGGAAGCCAGAGUCUUUUAGUAUCAUUGAGAAAGAGAUGAGAAGAGGAAUGAGUGGCUUUCUUUACAUUCCUGAUGCUAUUCGGGGAAUCCCCAAGGGUGAUUUUGCUGAUGGUGUGAAGACUUUGCAGCAGCCAGCAACAUAUUACUACACCUCACUAAACCAAUCCGUUUAUUCUUUUGCCUUCAAUCUUGCCGAUACAGAUAAGAGUUUCAGACGUCUAGAAGAGCCCCCUGAUCGAGAGCGAUACAACAAAAGCUACUUUAACCUCCUCAUUGAAUACAACAGCACACUGGCAAGGAAAGAAUUACCAGGAGCGUUUGAAGAAAUCGAGGUGUACUACGAUGAACCUAAAUACCCCCAUUUAAGAGUGUCCUACAAAUACUCUUCAAUCCGCUUUGCUCCAAAGUGCUACUGCAACCCGAAUGCUUUCCUCUUCGAUGACGAUCUCGCCACUAAGACAGUCAGGGCUCACAAGUUUUUUAACGGUAACGACACCGACGUCGGCUGCAGUCAUCCUGAUGGUGUCUUUGAACAGAAUACCAGAGCUGAUGUAUUAAUCACAUCUCAAAUUGAACCCAUAUGGAGAAAUCGAACAUCACCCCUUCUGAGAGAUGUCAAAUGGACUUACAUAGGAUGCCGCAGCGGAGUGUUUCGAACGUACCCAGGUCAUAGGUCACGGAGACCAUACGACCCUACAAAACGGCCCUGGUUUCACAAGGUGAUUGUGAACCCCGAUAAGACUACCAUCUCCACAGCUUACAUGGAUGCAGCGGGGGUCGGGAAGAUCAUCAGCCUCUCACAGGCAGUCUUUGAAGGGAUGGAGAACAAGACGAGGGAGUCUUGUGAGAAACUGACCGGGAAGCUGCCCGGAGGAUGCGAGUGUCAGACUAAUAAAGACUGCAUCUCGGGGAAGUGCUACAAGAGCGAAGCGUUAGGGUACACCAAGAACACCCGUUGCGCCUCUGAGAGGGUGGAAGCGGUUACCUCUUUGGACAUCCUCUACAAUGACUUCCACAAGAAUGUGUACAGUAUCAUGCAUGAUAACGACAUGCCCUAUUCAUGCGGAGACUACUACCGGUGUCCAAACGGCGAACCAGGUUGCCAAACAAGAUGUUACCUAUUUGAUAACUUUGCCAUGCUUAUCACCGACCCGAUCUUCCUGAACAUCAGUGAUCUUGAUACGGGUAAAUACAACCGAGUCCCACUUGGCAAGAAAGAGGGUGAAAUCAUGCAUGAUCUUAUCUAUCGUCAUAGCUUCUUCCAGCGUAAGGAACAGAUUGACUUCCAGGGAAGCUGCAGUGUUUCUCCCGGUGCCCCAAGGGUCUCUUUGGAUGGUAUACCAAAGACACCUGAAGACCUUGAUGAUUUCUAUCGCUAUCGAGGUCCAAUCCCUUCAUUUUCAAACUCUGGUGGUUGCAUUCAAGAUGUGGUUGGCUACCAGGCAAACUCGUCGGCUCUAGGUUCAACCGGUUUACUCACGGGUAACAUCUCCGGUCCGUGCAAAUCUGGUUUCUACUAUCUGACAGCUCUACCUAAAACCAAUCUCUACCUGCUGGUCGUUCAGAAUUGGAAGGAUUCCAAAGAAAGCCUUUUCUUCAAUUUCAACUGCAGAAUCACGAACAAGGUAUCUGCAACUGGAGCCUUCAGGAUCAUCAAUGGAACCUGUGACCACACCGACGACAAGAUUUCGCUUGUCAUGCAAAACAAAUGCCCCAUCAUUAGGAACGUCAACAUCCCUUGCAAGUAUAAUUCUGCUCCUCCGGACCGCAUCCACACCGCAUCUGGGCUCGUCCUCCUGCUCGCCUCCCUCCAAAUAUUCCUCUGUUUUCUCCAGACAGCUGUUGGAUGAGGCUGGAGGGCUUCUUUGAUAGAGGGCUUGGUAUCUUUUUGGUGUAGCAUACUAGUACUAGCAGAUGGUCUCGUCUCAUACUCAGAGCAUUUCUCAUCAUCAUCAGCUAAACCCACUUGCUCUAUCAAUUUGGCUUGAUUACCAUUUUGUCAAACCUCACUUGAACUAAUACCUAGUGUAACUAGCAUUUAGUCUGAUACUCAGAGGGCCUAAGUUAGACUUUGUAUAAUUUCUUUUUUACACUUUGAAAAUAUGGUUCAUAGAUAGCUCAUCUAACCUAUUAAACCAGGGGCAGAUCCAGGAUUUUUCCAAAAUGGGAGGCACAUUUUCCCUUAAAAAAAAGGUCCUCACUUCUAUAUAUAUCAAUGGCAUAUUCCCAUUAAAAAUAUUUGCUGUGACUCUCGAAAGACGGGGCACACUUGUAUAUGGGCGACAUAUUUACAUUAGAAAUAUUAACUAUGACUGUCAAGGGGGGAGGGGGCAUGGACCGGAUGUGCACCCCCCCACCCUGGAUCCGCCGUUGAUUUAAACUAAUUGGUGGUAGACCACGUGGAAAUUAGACAAAGUCGAUGUAGCCUUACUGGGACUUAGACAAAGUGGGAAAUGGACUUAAUGGCAGUUUGAUCAAAUGGUUUGUAGACCAAGUAGGAUAAGAUCCAUUUGGAAUUAGACCAAAGAUGUAGUAGACGCAGCAGGUGUAGACCAAGUGGUAUUUGCCAGUUUUAGGAGUGGGUAGAUGAUAGCGAAUAUCUUCAGUGAGCUUGCUUUUGUGAUGUUUCAGGAUUCUGUUUAUUUCCACAUCAAGUCCACUUUUGAUUAAGAUUAAGCUAUGAAUUAAGACAUGAAAAUAUAUGGGUUGGUAUCCCCAUAAACCUAGUAAAGUAAAGACUAAAUUUUGUGAUUGACCUUGCUGCAUUACCCCAAGACAAAUUCUUUUCCUUAAGCACCACUGUCACCAGGAAAAAUCACGACGAGUGUUUUCAGACAUAUCGUCCAAGAGGCAUUAUUGACAAAUCUGCUUUUGCCCAACGAUCUGCACCUGAAUGGAAUAAACUCCCUCUUCAAAUAGUUAAUGCAGUUUCGCUUGACAGAUUCCAAAAGCUCCUGCAAAAUCACCUUGAAAAUAUCCCCCACUCCUGCUCAUAACGUGCGUCCAAGUCAAAUUUCAUCUUCGAGAUAGACUGCAGAGCCCUUUCAAGAUUACAGCAGAGGUGAAAUGGGAUGCUAUGUUUCAUCUUUCAUAUUCAAACUAUUCAUGAUGAGUAUACCAAAGAUUUAAAUGAAAUUUAUUCAAUAUUACCAUAUCUCCUUGUUCCGUAUUUCCGAUUCAAAAUUACACUUAUAUUAAUUUCUCACCCCAUGACUGAAAUAAUCUGUACUUAAUAGAUUAGUCAACAAUAUGUUGCAAUAUAGUGCAAUGAUAUGGGCUUAAAUUUGUUAUUUUAUAAUGAUCCAAUUUGUACAAUUAUGAACUUGCUAUAUUAAGAAAUCUUUCAAAACAUGGGCCUUGCAAUAUCAAUAUUUAUUCAGAUAUACAUAUAUGUGCAAAAUUUAAUUUAAGCAAUGCUCUAUCCCCUGAAAUUAUUCAAUGUAUAUUGCAAUAUCGUGUAUAACUUCAAAACUAUGGAUUGACAUGUAGAGUGCGUUUUGAAUAUUGUCAUAACAUGUAUUUAUUAUUUAUUGGGUAUCUUGAAAAUUAAACGCAAAUGCGUUUCUUUGUUCACAGAAUUGUCUUUAUUUCUUUAGAUUAGAGAAGAGAUAGUGGUACGGUUGAUGAUAUCAAGUUUAGGACUUGAAAAUGGAAUCCAUUUCAUGGGUUAAUUGCUAUGAAACAGAGCUAUUAUUAUUUUGGAUAAGUGGCCAAAUAACUUAAAGUACAAUUUACAGGAAGUAUUAGCAAUGAUCCAAAGAUACAUUGAUGAGGUGUUGUGUGCCGCUCUACACCACAUCAAGUAUGCAGACUGAAACCACAGAUAUUUUAAUAUUUUAUCUUCAUAUUGGGGUGAUUCCAUGAAAUUCAUCCUUUUUCUAUAUGUCCAAGCCCCAAAAGCUUAUAAAAACAAAAGGUGAAUUAUGAUUAGAAAUUUUGUGAAGGUCCUACUUAUCAGCAGCAAGACCUUUAUAUUUCAAGGAAUUGCCCUUCAAAAAUUAUAAGAUGUACUUACACGUAUCAAAGUUCAUUCAGACAUGUGCAAUGCAUCUUUGUUAUUUUAAUUUUGUCUGUCGUCCGUCCACAAAUUUGAAACUUCUUUUGACUAUGUUGUUUCUUGUCCAAUUUGAGCUGUCACUCCCAUUGAAUUGAAUCAUUGACAUCUAUUUACCUGCUUUAGAGGGCAAGUUAACCCUGACAAAAAGUUUGAAAAUUGAGAUUAAUGCAUUUUAUUUCAUAUUUCAUGGGACAGCCGCUUGUGUGUGAUGUCACAAAUCAAUAACUUGAAAUUCUUAUAACUUUUUUAAUCUAUGAUGGAUUUUUUUCAAACCUUCACAAAUGUUUUUUUAAUUUUUUUUCUGAUAUAUUUACAACAAUGUCUUCUUCAGGGUGAGCUUCCCCUCUUAAAGGGAAAUCCAGCCUUAGCCAUAAAAUGUUUUGUUGGGAAGGAGAAAAAUAAAUUAAACAUAAUGGUGAAAGUUUGAAAGAAAUCUGACAAGCAGUAAGAAAGUUACAGCUGCUUUAAAAUUGAGAUCACUAAUGCUAUGUAAAUUUCAAAUUGGCAACUGGGUAAGUAAAUUAUGACAAGG